AUGGGCGGAGGGGACGCCGACGCCGGCGGCGAGCCCGCGGCCUCGCAGGCCACGCUGCACAUCCGGUGCACCAACGGCUCCAAGUUCGCCGUGCGGGCCGACCUGGGCACCACCGUCGGGGCGUUCAAGGCGAUCGUCGCCGAGAGCUGCGACGUGCCGGCGCCGCAGCAGCGGCUGAUCUACAAGGGCCGGAUCUUGAAGGACGACCAAACCCUAGGCAGCUACGGUGUGGAGACAGACCAUACAAUCCACAUGGUACGUGGUGCUGCGCCACCACCAGCAUCUACUGCACCUGCAGCCAACCAAGAACCUACCACUGCUGCUCCUGCCAGUUCCCCAGCAGCAGGAUUGGGUGGCUUGUUGCAAAGUCUGGGUGCUACAGGGGCUGCUGCUAACAGUGGGGGGUCGGGUUUGUUUGGAUCUGGCCUCCCUGAGUUAGACCAGAUGCAACAACAGCUAGCUGAAAAUCCGAACUUGAUGAGGGAAAUAAUGAAUAUGCCACUCAUGCAGAAUUUGAUGAACAGUCCUGAACUCAUACGCAGUAUAAUAAUGAACAAUCCUCAAAUGCGUGAGCUCAUUGAUCGCAAUCCAGAUCUUGCUCAUGUCCUCAAUGAUCCAAGCAUCAUGCGUCAGACUAUUGAAGCAGUUCGGAAUCCUGAACUCAUGAGGGAGAUGAUGCGGAACACAGACAGAGCCAUGAGCAACAUUGAAUCUUCUCCAGAAGGAUUCAACAUGCUCCGUCGCAUGUAUGAAACUGUCCAAGAGCCUUUUCUGAAUGCAACAACGAUGGGUAGCGAGGGUGAUCGAAACUCGAAUCCAUUUGCUGCUCUUCUAGGAAAUCAGGGGUCUAACCAAGCAAGAGACUCAGCUGCAAAUGGAACAACUACAGCUUCAGACACCACAUCAGGGGCUCCAGCUCCAAAUACUAAUCCACUUCCGAAUCCUUGGGGCCCAAAUGCUGGCUCUGCCCAAGGAGCAGCAAGGUCCCCUCCUGCUAGCAACACUAGGAGUACUACAGCAGGUGGCCUAGGAGGGUUGGGUUCAGCAGAUUUGGGAAGUAUGCUUGGUGCCAGUGGUGGUGGCUCUGAUGCUACCUUCUUGACUCAGGUUUUGCAAAACCCAACUAUGAUGCAGAUGAUGCAGAACAUUAUGUCUAAUCCUCAGUCCAUGAAUCAGCUGCUUAAUAUGAAUCCAAAUGUACGUAACAUGAUGGAAUCCAAUACUCAAAUGAGAGAAAUGAUUCAGAAUCCAGAAUUUCUUCACCAGUUGACGUCUCCUGAAACAUUGCAGCAAUUGAUUUCAUUCCAGCAGUCUUUGAUGUCACAACUUGGCCAACAACAAGCUGGACAGGUGCGGACACAAUCAGGCUCUGGUGCAGGCAAUGUCAACCUCAACACCUUGAUGAACAUGUUCAGCGGGCUUGGUGCUGGUGGUGGCCUAGGUGUUCCAAAUGCUCCUAAUGUGCCACCAGAAGAACUGUAUGCAACACAAUUAGCUCAGCUCCAAGAAAUGGGUUUCUUUGACACACAGGAGAACAUCCGAGCCUUGGCCGCUACCGCUGGAAAUGUUCAUGCUGCAGUGGAGCGACUUCUUGGAAAUAUGGGCCAAUAG